GGACUGCAUCUAAUAAUUAGACCUUCUCGUUUCCUUUUCUCGGCCUCAAACCUCAAUAACCCACCUGGUUUCGUUGCUCCCCCUCUUUCGUGUCCCUCUCCCUCUCCCUCUUUUUCUUUCUUGCUCCAAAAUUUUCCCAAAUCUUGGAAGGAAAGAAAUAUAGGAAUCAAGGAUUUGGAUUCUGGACCGAAAUCGCAGAGGAACACGAGGUCUGGAUUUCGGACCCCCGGACCAUCUUUCUGAUUUUGGAGAGAAACGUCUUGGGAUGAGCUGCAUGUGGAUUUUGGAGGCUUUGAUGUGAAUAAUUAUAGCGUUUUGGGAGCUGAUACAACAGGAGAUACAGUUGAAAGAUCGAGGAGUUUAGCGGUUAAUUAUAUGCUGUGGAGAAAGGGAGUUGGAAGGAAGAAUUCAAACAGGUGGAAGCAAAGGUUGGUGGAUUUCCGUUCUACGGAGUGAGCUUCAAGAUCCUAAAGUGACAGAAUCUGUAGCAAUGGAUAUUCAGGGAAAAACUGAAAGCACAAAUCCCAAGCCCGCAUGUGAGCCCAAUGAUCAAAUGCAUGUGGAUGUCAAAGCUAAAUCUACAUGCGGCCUUCAGUCGAACGAAGUGACUUCAUAUGGGGAUGAACUUAUCCAUAAGGUAAGGAAACCAUACACGAUAACAAAACAGCGAGAGAAGUGGACUGAAGAAGAACACAAGAAGUUUCUCGAAGCUCUACAACUGUAUGGGCGUGCCUGGCGUCGCAUUGAAGAAUACAUAGGCACCAAGACUGCAGUUCAGAUUCGAAGCCAUGCUCAGAAGUUUUUCUCCAAGGUGGUGCGAGAGUCAACUGGUAACAGUGCAUGUACCUUGCAGCCUAUUGAGAUACCUCCUCCCCGACCAAAGAGGAAACCAUUGCACCCAUAUCCUCGUAAGCUGGGCCAUUCAUCCAGCAAGCGAAUCCCAAUUCUGAAACAACUGGAGAAGCCUUCAUUGCAGAUCCCCUCUGCCAAUGAACAGGAGAAUGGAUCACCAACAUCUGUCCUAUCUGCAAUUGGAUCAGAUACCUUAGGCUUAUUUUUUUUGAAUCCCCCAAACAGUUGUACAUCACCAGUUGCAUCUGCUGCUGAAUCAAAUGAGCAAGUCAAUGGAGGUCAGUCACCAACCUUGUCAGUUGGAGAGGAGAACCUUGCUGCUGAAUCAAAUAAGUUUCAAUUACCAGCCUCAGGGGCCGUUGCGUUGACUAUAGGAGAACAACCUGCAGAAGAAUUAGGCCAGUGUCCUGAUGGUCAUGCUCCUACCGAAGAAAUUUCAUCGAUAGAAGCACCCGCACCAACUCUUAAGCUGUUUGGAAGGACAGUCCUGGUGAUCAAUUCAGACAAGCCAUCUUCUUCCAACAUUGGGAACAUGGUACAGUUUGUCAAGCCAUCACCUACUGCUGACCUUAACACCCACUGUGGUAACAACGAUGUGAAUCUGCAUGCUCCAACUGAGCUAGCCCUGCAAAAGGCUACCCAUGGAGUUUUUUCUGAGGCUCAAGGCCGAAGCGCAUGGAAUCCAUUGGAUGGUGGUAUGCACCCAUUAAGUCACGGUUUGCCAUUUGUUGGGGAGAACACAACAGAGACCAGUAUUCUCCUCCUGCCUUGGUGGUCUUUCUAUGGGAAUCUACCAUUCCCAUUUAUCCAUCAGCAAAACAUAAGUGCUACACAGCAUCCUCCUCAAUCAUGGACAGGAAGAGUAGAUGACAAAGAGAUACAGAGGGAAUGUUCUUGGACUGGUUCUAACACUACUUCUGUUUGUGAAGUAGGAGUAGGUGAUCAAAAUGCUGUUGUUGACUGGCAGAAAGAAGAAAAUCCCACGAAGGAACCAGCACCAACCUUGGGGCUAAAGCCAACUGAUCACUCAGCUUUCAAUAUUAAAAAUUCUGGCUCUGAUAAGUCAACAAGAGGUUUUAUGCCAUGUAAAAGAUGUGCAGUUGAAAGUGAAAUGCAGCAUUCACAAACAUCUAAUGAAGAUGGAGAGGAUCAGAUGAUACGGUUGUAUUUAUAGUUCACACAACCUGCCCUGUUUUGGGAGGUGGUUUCUUUAGCAAUGAGCAGGAAUGGGGCUUAUGCAUUUGCGAGAAGUGCAAUGGUUUAAGCUGUUAAUGGCAAGGAAGUAGGUAGCAGAAGGUUUCCACUUAGGUCACGCCAUCUCUGCUUCCUGUUGUAGUUCAGAUGAUUCUCUCAGCUAUCUGAGAGUUGCUUUCAUCAUCCAUUUAUUUUUCAACCGUAAGGUUUUUAGUUCUGUUGCAGCAGCCUGGAUUGCUGUCACUGUUUCUUAUUCUAUGGCAGGCUUGUCUGUCCAUUUCAUUUUCUUCUUUCGAUGUUUUCUUUCUCGGUCAUGUGAAUGUUUACGUCUAAACAGGUCUUGCAUCUAUUGUAAGUUCUCUUUCCUGCGCUCAGUUCUCUUCUUUAUGGAGCCAUGGAUCCUCACAUACCACCAGUUUGUCACCCCUUAUGGAUCCCCACAAAAUAAAGAGUAACUUUAUGUGGAA